GGAGGGGCGGAGGCGGGCACGGGGGCGGGAGCGGCCUGAGUCAGGCUGAGGGGCGGAACCCGGACCCUGGCCGCCACUCCUGUCCCAGCCACAGUCAGCCGCAGUCGCAACCCGACCUCGCUCCUAAACUUGGCAAAAAUGCCUACAGAGACUGAGAAAUGCAUCGAAUCCCUGAUUGCUGUUUUCCAAAAGUACAGCGGGAGGGAUGGAAACAGCUCUAAACUCUCCAAAACUGAAUUCCUUUCCUUCAUGCACACGGAGCUGGCCGCCUUCUCGAAGAACCAGAAGGACCCCGGUGUCCUUGACCGCAUGAUGAAGAAGCUGGACCUCGACAGUGAUGGGCAGCUAGAUUUCCAAGAGUUUCUCAACCUUAUUGGUGGCUUAGCUAUAGCGUGCCAUGACUCCUUCCUCCAAGCUUCCAUGAAGCGUAUCUAGUAUCUAAUCCUCUCUGCUCCCUUCCAGCCACCAAGUCAUCACCUCUUCCCCCCACCCCCACUCCAUCCAUACCUGUACUGAGCCCGGCACACCUAUCACAACAUGCAGCCCAUGCCUACUAUAAAAAAAUAAAACAAUGCCAUUUUUUUAAAAUGUA